UCUUUGUCUUUCAUUACCACAUCAUUCUAAUACGGAGCAACCUGAAAUGGGUGCCACUAUUUUAUUACAAAAAUGUUAUACUCAUGUUUCAAGAAAUGAGAUCUUUCAAUCACCGAUACUGGCUUAUAAAAACAGGCUGAUCUAAAAUCGACUUCUUCAUUUUCAGUUGGAUGUGAUCCAUCCAUUCUGUGAAACAGUUGCUGUUGCUGAAUUACGAUUUAACUUCCUUGUUGACAUGGAACCGUUUGAAACAACACUUUUUUCUUUGUCAUGGAGGUAGAGUGGAAUAUUCAAUUCAAGAUAUUUUGGCUCACAUACACACUGUCAUCAGUUACAGUAACCGCACUUAAUAAAGGACAAGCUAUUGCAAAUGAAACAAAGUCAUCACCAAGUCACGUGACAUCACUGAAAGGCUCAUCGAUACGGUUAACGUGGGGAUAUGAGUAUGGAGGUGAUAUACCCGGAUUUAUAACAUACAAAGAACAAAUAAUUGGAUUUAACAGCUCUUCACAGGCAGCACUGCAACCUGUAGCAAAGAGGACAGGAGCAAAUGGUGUGCUUCAGCUUGUGCCAACUGUUCCAGCACCAUUCACUGGAAGACUCACAGUAAUACCAUCAAAUGAUACAUUGGUGAUCAGUGGAUUGAAGUACAAUGACACUGCUUACCAAUUUGCAUCAUAUAUUAUUACAGAAAUUAUUGUAGGUGGUACAACCAACCCAAAUAGAGGUGACCUCAAACCAGUUGUCCGGAUUACUGUCAAUGGAGUACCAGAAUUCCUUACAUCAACUCCAGCUACAAUUGAAGUGAAUGAAAAUUCAAAUUUAGAAAUGGCGAUUGAAAUGGAUGGAAACCCUGCACCAUCAGCUGAUUUUCUUUGGCCUCAUCUUAGUGAUGGUGGGACAACUGUUGUUGGUAGCCAAAUUUACCCGUAUGUUUAUUCAGCAAAGUUUUCACAUCCAAAUAUAGCGGCUACUUUUUGUGGAAGGAUAUUGAAAUCUUCAGUGAAGAACAGUAUUGGAUCAUCACUUGCCAAAGACACCAAUGUCACUGUUUUACUGAAACUUGAUGCCAAUCCAAUUUUGCAAGCAGGAAAGAAAAUCGUAGAUAGUUGUGUCGAAGUGAAAUGGACGAAGGCCAAAUCUGGAGCUUGUUCCGUGAAAUACGAAGUGAGAUUGAAAAAUGCUUCAAGGAUUGUUGUUUAUACUGAAACUGGAUAUAACAUCGAUAAAAUAAAGAAAUGCAAGAUUCCAGGAAAUGUGAAUAUCACUGAUGUUGAAAUGACGAUGAGUUUCAAAAGUACUUCAAAGGUCUACACUGCCAAAGUCUCAGAAACACCCAUCCCAACAACACUACCGCCGACCACUACAUCAAAAACUUCAAAAACACCGGUACCAAGUUCAAGUGAACCAACAACGAGAACAGACACGACCCACAAAUCAACAGUUAAGGGGAAGACAAGUGUUCAGCCAACAGCAUGUAAAGAAAAACAAGUGAAUAGCGAUGAAGAGAAAGACAACAUAAUCAUAGCGCUUUCAGUAGUGGUUGCAGUCUCAUUCAUUGCCAUGGCAACAAUGGUGAUCUGUCUCAUCAGAAUAAAAGGGAAACAAACACAAGCUCAAGACAAUGGAAAUAAAAGGUAUAUUGAGUUGAUGCUUUCGUAUAGUUUAAGUUUUGCCAGUUUGAAGUCGUUCUAA